GCGGAGGGACGGACUGGGGAUGUUUUCAAACCCAGCCGUAAGCUGGAGACAAACGUCACACUCGUUUCUGAAACGUUUAUUUAAAUAAAAAACGACGCGCUUUUGGGGAACGGUGCGAGUUUUAGACUCGGAAGGCCACCGCAGAGAACGCUUCUACCCGGCCCAUGAUGAACCCGUUGAGCCGUAGCUGCCACAGCUAGUCAGAAGCUGCACCAUGGCCAAGCCGGGGACCGACCGAGAUGGAGCCAUGGUGGAAAAGACAGCUGGGAAGAAGAGUAAGGAUAAAAUCUCCCCGUUCACCAAAACUCCGAAGCUGGAUCGGAGUGAGCUUGUGGGUAAGGAGGGGAAGCCCAAGUCUUCCAUGAAACGCAAGCUAUCCUUCACUGUCAGCCCGCCCCGGAAUGAGGAACGGGACUCAGACACAGAUGACUCUGACCCCGGCCAGUCGAGCGAUAUGUGGGGAGAGAGAUUACUUCCUCCCUGCAGGAUAUACGCAGAUAAAGAUGGUCCAGAUAAAAAGAAGGUAAAGAAGGAGUCGGGGGGUAAGAAGUCCACCCCUGUGAACAUUUUGUUCGGCUACCCGCUGUCUGAGCGCAAGCAGAUGGCACUUCUGAUGCAGAUGACUGCAAGAGACAACAGCCCAGAUUCCACACCAAGCCACCCAUCCCAGACUCCACCAGUGCAGAAAAAGAUCCCCAGCAGCUCCACAUCCAGACAGAAAGACAAGGUGAACAAGAGAAACGAGCGAGGAGAAACUCCUCUACACAUGGCUGCCAUCAGAGGCGACGUCAAGCAGGUCAAGGAGCUCAUUGAGCUCGGGGCAGACGUAAAUGUAAAAGAUUUUGCAGGUUGGACGCCUCUACAUGAAGCCUGCAACCUUGGUUAUUAUGACGUAGCAAAAGUCCUGAUUGGCGCUGGAGCAGAAGUGAACACACAGGGAUUGGACGAUGACACGCCUCUUCAUGAUGCCUCCAGCAGUGGACACAAAGAUAUUGUGAAGUUACUGUUGCGGCAUGGAGGAAAUGCUUUUCAGGCGAACAAGAGAGGCGAGCGGCCGGUGGAUGUUGCAGAUUCUCAGGAGGUGGAGCAGUUACUGAAGGGGGAGGUUGCACUAUCUGACCCAGAGGACAGCUCUUCAGACUCUGAGGAUCCUCCAUCUGUGAACCCUUCCAGUGUAGAUGAAAAUAUGGAGUACUCUGAUACUGAAAAGGACUCUGAGGGCAAGUCAACCACAGCGAAGGCCUCGUCUUCUGUUUCGGGCGUGGAUGAAUAUGAGUUCAAAGACGAGGAUGAGGAGGAAGACCUGAGCAAGGCCAUAAACGACAGGCAUAUCCUGAGGCGAGAACUGCGGCAAAGGGAAAAAGAGGAGAAGGAACAAAAUCAUUACACACCUAAACAGUCCAACAAGAGUGAACAGACAACUGCAUCUUGCAAGUCGAAAAAGUCAAAAUCGUCCAGAGUACUCUACUGCAGCUCAGACAGUUCAGGUGAUGAAACUGAGACGUUGUCGGAGAGGAAAUGCUCACCGACCAGAUCGGUUGGUAAUGACACUCACAAAACAGAGAGUAGGACAAAAAAAGAAAGCUCGACCCUCACAUCAGCAGAGCAGAAAGACAAGGGCAAAUUGAAUAAGAAGAAGAACAAGAGCCAGAGCAAGAACAAGGAGAACCAGGAGGUUCGAGAGGAUGGAAAAGAGAACAGUAAAUCUAUUCUCUUUUCUUCAGCAACGGUAUCCGACAACUCUGACAAGAGCGUUCGAGAGGAGGACUCGUUUAAAAUGUCCUUCAGCCCAAAGGAUGAUUCUUCAGUUCACCUCUUUCACUUGUCUGCAGUAAAGUCCCCAAAGCUGAAUCAUAGCCAAACUGACAAGCAGACGACUCCAUUAAAACAGGAAAAUGCAAAAACCUGCGUCUCCAUUGUAGAUGGGUCCUGCCCCAUAUCCGAUGGAGUCAAAUACAACCACUACACAGAUUCUGACUAUUGCACAGAAAGUUCCAGUAGUAAGGGCUGCAAGCACAAGGAGAAAAGCAAACAUCACCAUAAGGAACUCAACUUGGACGGAGACGACGGAAGCUCCAGUCCUUUCAAAGAUGCCAGUCUAAGCAACAAUACGGACGGCUCUGAAGGUGCCUUCAGAAAAGUUGACAAAGACGGCAAGGUUGUGAAGAAGCAUAAGCUGAAACAUAAGGAGAAGGACAAGUACCGGAAGGAAUAUGAGGCAGAUAGAAAUCGUCACCGGCAGAAAGAAGUACGGAAAGAUGGGCACAGAAACCUUGAGUUUGAUCGGGAAUUUUGGAAAGAAAACUUCUUCAAAAGUGACGAAAAUGAAGAAGAGAAGUGCGAGACCCCUGGCAGCUGCUCACCUCAGAAGUCCCUUGAAUCGUCACCGUUUAAAGAAGAAAAGAACAUGGCAAAAGACAAGCAUUCAUGCAGCAACAGCAGUAAAGAGAGAAAACCAAAAGAGGAACGAGAUAAAGACAAGGUCAUUAAAAAAGAGAAAAAAGAGGUGACCUGCAAAGAAGAAAGGGGCAAAGAUGAUGAUCGAGGAGAAGGUCUCAACUUUGUGCGGAAAUCUGAAGACUCCCUUCCCAGUGCUGCCGUAAAGGAAGAGGCAGAGGACAAGCCUAUUGGUGGAGCCUUAGUCGAUCAAAAUCAAGUGGAAAGCAGUGAGAAGUGUGUUAAAGAGAAAAGUGAAAAACGGCCGCCGGCAAAGGACAAAGAACCUGAAAAAUCUGACAAAAAACACCCAGAUAAAGAAAAGAAAAUAAAAUCUGAGCACAUUCCAGAAAAAUCUGACCUUCACAACUCCACGGAUCGAUGGAAAGAAAGGGAAAAAUUAACAAAUACUUCCCAUUCACCUGGUGACAAGAGCCACAAAGAGAGUGAAAAACUUAAAGUUGUGCCUGUUAUAAAGAAGCAUGAGGAGACCAAGGAUAAAAAGUCCAAGGAUAAACUUGAGAGAAGAAGUGACAAAGAUCGGCCAGAGAAAGACCAUUCUUCUAGUGAGCACAGAGACAAAGAGAAAGACAAAGCAAACUCUGAAAAGAAAGGAAAAGCUCCUGAGAAAAUUUGUGAUCAUAGUAAAAUUGAUCGGGUAAAAGAAAAAGAUAGAGAUUCUGAAAAGAGAAAAAAGGAUAAAUCAAAAGAAGGCAGUCAGUCAUCCACGUCGAGUUCUAAUCUCAAGCUCCUUUUAGAAGAGAAAAAGAGCAACGCAUCUGAGAGCAAUAAAACAAUAACAUCAAGGUUAAAAGAGGAAGUUAUGAAAACCCCUGAGAAAGACCGGGACAGGCGGGACCGGGAGCGAGACUCUGACCGGGAUCGGGAUAGACACCGGGAUCGGGACCGCGACCGUGACCGUCACAAAGAAAAGGACAGAGACAAGGACAAAGACAAGGAUAAGGACAGAUCACAGCAGAACAGAGAUAACAAACUUAGUAAAUCGAAGGCUACUGAUUCUGAGUCUGAUCGGUUCAAAUCCAAAGCCUCAACUGUGCAAAAGGAGUCCCGACCCAAAGAAAAGAGGUUGGUAAACGACGACCUCAUGCAGACCAGCUUUGAACGCAUGCUUAGCCUCAAGGACCAGGAGAUUGAACAGUGGCACAAGAAGCACUUGGAAAAGAUCAAGCAGAAGGAGCGAGAACGACUGAAACAGCGACCAGGGACUGACUCUGGGAAACAGAAAAGCAAAGAUAAAAUUAAAACACCCUCUUCGUCCAAUGAUCUGUGUACAAACAAGGAACUGUUGCGCUCCAAGAGCUCAGAGACCCCUGAGGGUUACGGUCGAGAGAAGACCCUAAAAGAUGCCACCAGCGGAAGAACGCUCUCACUAGACGCCAAGAGUCUUUCAAGUUUUGGAAAGAGUGGUACACUAGUUGAAAACAGCCUAAGUCGAUCUCCAAGACCAGAUACUGAAAGAUCUGGAAUUAUGUCGAGAUCUGUGUCCAUGAUCUCAGUCGCCAGCUCUGAGGAUUCCUGCCAGGCAACCAUGCUUACGCCCAGGCCUACUGAAUACGAUUCCGACCUCAAUCUAGAUGCGUCCGAUUCCCAGCCGCCUUUCUUGCAGUCUUCCCUCGUACUUCAGUCCUCCAGAUCGCCGGUUGUUCACGAUAAAGAUACCAACAGUCUUCCUGACCCAGCUCUCAGCAGUCGAACACUACUGUCAAGUAGACAUGCGUCCCCUUAUUUGAGAGCUAUUCUUGAUGAGGAUGCUAAAUCUGCUGCAGUUGAAGCAGACCGACCAGUUGAGGAAUCGCAAAAACUAGCUGUCUUUCCACUUUCAGCUGAUGAGCAUGGUAAAGGCCACCCAGUGGAGGACAGUUCAGCGCAUAUUAAGGAGAGCCAGAGCAGUCAAAACUCAACAACACCUAUCCUUAGUGCUGUACCUGAAGAUGCAAGUUCUGCCAGUGUUGAGGGUGAAGGUAACACUUUAAGCAGUCAGCCUGAAUGUGUAUCUCAGUCUCAAGAUCCAAAGGACCUCGCAGUUCAGCAGACAAACCAACCACAAGCCACUAGUUUGUUGCUCACUACAGUUACAGAGUUAAGCAAACCUAACACCACAGAUGCUUUGCCAGAGGAAAGUGGACAGAGUCAACUUGACAAUUCUGAAACAGACAAGAGCAAAGAUACUGAAGUCUCAAACAAAGAUGCCUCGACAGCCCCCACGCCCCAAGUUACGGCACCCGUGUCCGCACAGCCACAGAAUUGCUUCAACACUAAGACAACUAUGCAUUCGAGUAGCCUGCAAUGGGAAGCUGCCUUAGAGCCCACUACUGACCAUUCAGUAAGAACUGAAACAGAUUUGAAAUCAGAGCAAAAAGAAAAGAGCCUGUCGUUGGGUCCUGAAAACAAACCUGAGGAGCGAAGUGUAGAGAAUGUUUCUGGAGUUACCAGAGUAGAUUCCGAUACAAGCAGCCCAGCUCCAUUCAGUAAUUCCUCUAGAAUCAACUCUGAGGAGUCUGCUAAAACACUACUAGGCACAGCCAGUGUAACAGCCAAAGAUUCCCAAGAGGUUAUCGAAAGAGCUGAUUCGAAUUCACAAGAAGAUUGUAAAUCAAGGCUUUCCAGUGAACCUACAGUCACAGCUGAUGCCCAGUUGGAAAAAAAUGAACAUAAUUUACCUGUACCUUUGUCUACAAAUGUGUCCACACACUGUGCUAGUCCAGAGCAAGCAGUUGAAGAGCCAAUGGAAGUGUCUGAGGGCAGUUCAGACAGUGUAGUCACCGAAACAAAGGUAGAAAAUGUAACAUCCACUGAGGAUCAGUCUCUGUCCCAGUCCCAGUCGCAAUCUCUUCCAGAAGCUAAGCAAGAUACAGAUGUAGAGAUGCCAGAGCAGCCUGCAGCCGUUGAGGAGAAACCGUUAAAGCUAGACCCUCCAUCAGAUCCAGGAGAUCACAGUCAGAGCUGUAGCGGUGUUCAGCGUGAUCCUCAGGCAGAACCACCGAGCGGGUCAGCUUCUGGAAGCUCUUCGCCGUUGUCCAUAGCAGACCGAGACAGCGAUCCAUCUGGGGCCAGGGCUAAAGUACGACUUCUGGAGGAUGAAGCUGACAUGCAAGUGACUCAUCCUAGGAAACGAAAGAUGCCCAGAGUUUCUCCUUCGGCUCAAGCCAACCUUUCAGCCCAGCAGAUCAAGGAGAAGACCCAGCAGUCUUUAGCAGCGAUUGUGGACUCGCUAAAGCUUGAAGAAAUCCAGCCGUACCAGACGGAAAGGGCAAACCCGUACUACGAGUUCCUGCACAUCCGCAAGAAGAUUGAGGAGAAGAGGAAGGUGCUGUGUAGCGUCAUUCCACAAGCACCGCAGUACUACGAUGAAUACGUCACCUUCAAUGGCUCUUACCUGCUUGAUGGGAACCCUCUGAGCAAGCUCUGUAUUCCAACGAUAACUCCACCACCCUCAUUGCCUGAGCCUCUUAAAGAGAUGUUCAAACAGCAAGAGGUUGUGCGGAUGAAGCUACGCUUGCAGCACAGCAUUGAGAGGGAGAAGCUGAUUGUAUCCAACGAGCAGGAGGUCUUGCGUGUCCAUUAUCGUGCUGCGAGAACAUUAGCCAAUCAGACCCUCCCUUUCAGUGCCUGUACGGUCUUGUUGGAUGCAGAAGUAUACAACAUGCCCCAGGAUGUACAGGGAGAGGACGGGAAGACCUCAGUGAGGGAUCGCUUCAACGCAAGGCAGUUCAUGUCAUGGCUACAGGAUGUUGAUGACAAGUUUGACAAGUUAAAGACGUGUUUAUUGAUGAGGCAGCAGCACGAGGCGGCAGCUCUAAAUGCGGUACAGCGAUUGGAGUGGCAGCUGAAGCUCCAGGAGCUGGAUCCAGCCACCUACAAAUCGACCAGCAUCUUCGAAAUUCCAGAGUUCUACAUCCCUCUCGUAGAGGUCAACGACGACUUUGACCUGACCCCUAUAUAACAGCAGUGACCCGGUUUCAGAAGGAGAAGAUACAGAGACUGGGACGGCUUAGUUUUCGAGUCAUAGCCAUUAAUUCUGUGGUCAGGACUAGAGAGGAGCAGGGGAACACAAAGCACUUGUUUUGGCCGAACUGCUGUGUGGCUGUGUGUAAGUGAGUGUGUGUUUGUGUGUUAGGGUGUGUGCCAUGUUUGAGUCUGGUGUAGAGGUCAGCCUCGCACCUCACAGCAGACUCUUCUGAGCACUUAUACAAAAAUAAAUAAUAAUAGGGAUGACACACAUAGGAAGAACAAUCAUCUGUCUGUAGAUCCGUCAAUCUGCAGUAUGUUUUUUUGUUUUUGUAAGUUGCUGUCGGCAAGAGUGUCUCUGCCAAAAAAAUCAAUAUAAGCGUGUACAUGCUGCGCUGCUGUACCGCACCGGGUUCAAGGCCCGUUUGUAGUGUCCCUGAUGGUCCAAUUGCUUUUCUGUGGACCAGUGCUUGUUUGACCACAGUCACCUGGUCGAGAUGCACUUCUAAGAUAAGGAAUCCUGUCCAAAAAAGGUCCUGUUUGUAAAUCUGUAACUCUUUACAGUUGCUGGGUUCAGGUCUAAUCUUAAAUGCACUUAACCCCGAAGGUCUUCAUUGCAGGAAAUGUAGACCCAAAGGGCAAAUAGGGCCUGCACCACGCAGAUCCAGCCAGCAGAGGGCAGUAGCCACCCUUAAUGACCAGAGGAAGAAGGAAGAGGAGUGGUGGUAGUAGUAGUGAGAAAGACAAGAGAGGAAAAAAAAAGAAAGAUGGAAGGAGGGGAAAAAAAACAAAAACAAAAGGAGGACAUUAGAAGAACGUUUUCCUUCUUCUUCUCCUCCAAUAGGAAAAGAGGUCUCAAUCCAACUUGUUUCUACAGUGAGUGUUCAUGAUGUAUAGAUUGUGCUCUUCAUUUUUUAACUUAUUUUAUACAUACUGAUUGUGCAUUUGUAAAUAGUCAUGUAAUUAUUGUUUUUAACUUGUAAAAAGAGAAAAGAACAGAAAGGAAGCAUAAUUAAAAUAAUAGAUAUUUUGAUUGUAAACUUUUUGUUUUGUCAAAUGUUUAAUGGACCAAAGUUUUAUUGGUUUUAUAUUGGAGCGUCCCCUGUUGUUGAUGUUUGCUUAACUCUUUAAGCAUGUGUUUUUGAAUUAUGUUCCCGUUUUUGUUUUUUGUUACGUUUCUUCUACUUCUACUCGUUUCCUUCUAGAUUCAUCACAGCAGGUGUUUUUUGACUUGUGAUUUUAAUGCUGUGCAUGCGUUGCAGGUUUGUACUUCUUUUCUGAAAAGCUGUUCUGUGGUGAGGUUUAUGUAAGUGGUUCUGCUUUCUUCCCUGCCUUUUGUCGUCUCUUAGUAACACUCACUUCCUACAUGUUGUCCGUUGUGUCUUGCGCACAUUACGAGAAAACCAGAUUGUUGUGUCUUCUCAAUAGAAAAAGACAACUUACUUUUACAGUUUAAUGUGAGAUCACAGCAAAACGAAACCUAUUUUUUACAACAUAAUGCCUUUUGAACGAUGGUUCUAAAAAUAUGUCUAUUUUAAUAUUUACUUGUUACAUGAUAAUGUACAUAAUUGUAAUAUAUAAUUGAAUAAAUUUUAUUGGUUGUGAAAUCCAUAA